ACGCCGCGGAGGAGGCCUCGCCCGCCCUGCCGAGGAACACUCGGUGUGAAAUUAACGUGCGUCCCAGCCACGUGGGCUGAGGUUUUUCUCUUUGGCGGCGAGGGGACGGGGCAGCCGCUUUGGCGGCGCGCAGGGGUCGCAAGGUUAACCUCGCGCCGGGCUCCCGGUCCUUUCCCACGCCUGAGGGGAAGGGCCCCGGGCGCGCGGGAGUGGCCGGCUCGCGGGGCCGCUCCAGGCCGAGGACGCGAUGGCUGCCACGGCGGCGGCGGGUCGGGCCGGAGGCAGCGCUGCCGGGGCGGGCCUGAGUGCGAGGGACAACUUGAAAAGAACCGGCGCGGUGUCCGCGACCCAGGAAGCGAGGCCGCGGUUGCUUCCUAGAAACAUGGUUGUUUGUUGGACUUGAUCUCACAGCCCAGUGAGGACGUCUUUACUGAUAAUGUCAAGUUCAGGUUACCCUCCCAACCAAGGAGCUUUCAGCACAGAGCAAAGUCGUUAUCCUUCACAUUCUGUCCAGUAUACCUUUCCCAGUACCCGACACCAGCAGGAAUUUGCAGUUCCUGACUACCGCUCUUCUCAUAUUGAAGUUAGUCAGACAUCACAGCUUUUACAGCAGCAGCAGCAGCAGCAGCAGCAGCUUCGAAGACGACCUUCCUUGCUUUCAGAAUUUCACCCAGGUUCUGACAGGCCUCAAGAAAGAAGAACUGGAUAUGAACAGUUUCACUCAGGACCCUCACCGGCGGAUCAUGAUUCCUUGGAGUCCAAGCGCCCACGCCUGGAGCCGGUUUCUGAUGCCCAUUUCCAGCGUGUUAGUGCUGCGGUUUUACCUUUAGUUCACUCGCUGCCAGAAGGCUUGAGGUCGUCUGCAGAUGCUAAGAAGGAUUCAGCUUUUGGAGGCAAACAUGAAGCUCCAUCCUCUCCUUUGGCUGGGCAAUCAUGUGGAGAUGAUCAAAAUGCUUCACCUUCAAAGCUUUCAAAGGAAGAGUUAAUACAGAGUAUGGACCGGGUAGACCGAGAGAUUGCAAAAGUAGAGCAGCAGAUCCUUAAACUGAAAAAGAAACAACAACAGCUAGAAGAAGAAGCAGCUAAGCCCCCUGAGCCAGAGAAGCCUGUGUCCCCUCCUCCUGUGGAACAAAAACACCGUAGUAUUGUCCAAAUUAUUUAUGAUGAGAAUCGGAAAAAAGCAGAAGAAGCUCAUAAAAUAUUUGAAGGUCUUGGCCCAAAAGUUGAACUGCCACUCUAUAACCAGCCAUCAGAUACCAAGGUGUACCAUGAGAACAUCAAGACAAACCAGGUGAUGAGGAAAAAACUCAUUUUAUUUUUUAAAAGAAGAAAUCAUGCAAGAAAACAAAGGGAACAAAAAAUCUGCCAGCGCUAUGAUCAGCUCAUGGAAGCGUGGGAGAAAAAAGUGGACAGAAUAGAAAAUAAUCCCCGGAGGAAAGCAAAAGAAAGCAAAACAAGGGAAUACUAUGAGAAGCAGUUUCCAGAAAUUCGAAAACAAAGAGAGCAGCAAGAACGAUUUCAGCGAGUUGGUCAGAGGGGAGCUGGUCUUUCAGCCACCAUUGCUAGGAGUGAGCAUGAGAUUUCUGAAAUUAUUGAUGGUCUUUCUGAACAGGAGAAUAAUGAGAAGCAAAUGCGUCAGCUUUCUGUAAUUCCACCUAUGAUGUUUGAUGCAGAACAAAGAAGGGUCAAAUUCAUCAAUAUGAAUGGGCUGAUGGAGGACCCAAUGAAGGUUUAUAAAGACAGACAGUUUAUGAAUGUUUGGACUGACCAUGAAAAGGAGAUCUUUAAGGACAAGUUUAUCCAGCAUCCAAAAAACUUUGGAUUAAUUGCAUCCUAUUUGGAAAGGAAGAGUGUUCCUGAUUGUGUUUUAUAUUACUAUUUAACCAAGAAAAAUGAGAAUUAUAAGGCCCUUGUGAGAAGGAAUUAUGGAAAACGCAGAGGCAGAAAUCAGCAGCAGAUUGCCCGUCCCUCACAAGAAGAAAAAGUAGAAGAAAAAGAAGAGGAUAAAGCAGAAAAAACAGAGAAAAAGGAAGAAGAAAAGAAGGAUGAUGAAGAAAAAGAUGAGAAGGAAGACUCUAAAGAAACAGCCAAGGAAAAGGACAGAACAGAAGCCACAGCAGAAGAACCUGAAGAAAGAGAGCAGGCCACUCCAAGGGGGCGGAAGACUGCUAACAGCCAAGGGCGCCGGAAGGGCCGGAUCACCAGGUCCAUGACAAGUGAAGCUGCAGCUGCCAGUGCUGCUGCUGCAGCCACUGAGGAGCCCCCGCCACCCCUGCCGCCACCACCAGAGCCCAUUUCUACAGAACCUGUUGAGACUUCAAGAUGGACAGAAGAAGAAAUGGAAGUUGCUAAAAAAGGCCUGGUAGAACAUGGUCGUAACUGGGCAGCCAUUGCUAAAAUGGUGGGAACUAAAAGUGAAGCCCAGUGUAAAAACUUCUAUUUUAACUAUAAAAGACGGCAUAAUCUUGACAACCUUUUGCAGCAACAUAAACAGAAAGUGAGUAGAGCAGUAGUGGCUUCACGGAAACCCCGUGAAGAACGAGAUGUAUCUCAGUGUGAAAGUGUUGCUUCCACUGUUUCUGCCCAAGAGGAUGAAGAUAUUGAAGCCUCAAAUGAGGAGGAAAAUCCAGAAGAUAGUGAAGGUGCUGACAAUAGUUCUGACACAGAAAGUGCUCCUUCUCCUUCACCAGUUGAAGCUGCCAAGUCCAGUGAAGACAGCAGUGAAAAUGCUGCUUCUCGAGGAAACACCGAGCCUGUGGCUGAGCUUGAGGCCACCACUGACCCUGCACCCUGUGCAUCUCCCUCUUCAGCAGUUCCAACCACAAAACCAGCAGAAAGGGAAAGCGUGGAGGCCCAGGUGACCGACAGUGCCAGUGCCGAGACUGCAGAGCCGAUGGAUGUAGACCACGAGGAGUGCGGUGCCGAGGGCAGUUCUGUUCUUGAUCCACCAGCCCCUACCAAAGCCGACUCCGUGGACCCAGAAAUGCAGGUACCAGAAAAUGCUGCGUCUAAAGGUGAAGGGGAUGCCAAGGAAAGAGACUUGGAGAGCACCAGUGAGAAGACAGAGGCUAGAGAUGAAGACGUGGUAGUGGCUGAACAGAUCCAGAGGCCUGAACCACAGUCAGACAACGACUCCAGUGCCACUUGCAGUGCGGAUGAGGAUGUGGAUGGAGAGCCAGAAAGGCAGAGAGUGUUUCCCAUGGAUGCAAAGCCUUCAUUGUUAAAUCCUCCUGGAUCCAUCCUAAUCUCAUCCCCUAUUAAACCAAACCCACUGGAUCUGCCACAGCUUCAGCAUCGAGCUGCUGUUAUUCCACCAAUGGUUUCUUGCACUCCAUGUAAUAUACCAAUUGGAACGCCCGUAAGUGGCUAUGCUCUUUACCAACGGCACAUUAAGGCCAUGCAUGAGUCAGCACUCCUGGAGGAACAGCGGCAGAGGCAAGAACAGAUAGACUUGGAAUGCAGAAGCUCUACAAGCCCAUGCAGCACUUCUAAGAGUCCAAACAGGGAGUGGGAAGGAAAAUCAGUCGCCUAUAUGCCUUAUGCUGAGGUCAAACGUGCUCUAGAACAGGAAGCACAGAUGCACAGUACCGCAGCAAGGUCAGCCUCACCGUGUAGGCUCUCUCCAAGAGAAGUCAGUAAAGCCGCUUCCCAGCCUGAUAUGAGUGCAGCCCGCUAUAGUGUCCCUCCAGUCCUCCAACCUGCUCCGCAUCAAGUGAUAACUAACCUUCCUGAAGGGGUUCGGCUUCCAACAACACGACCAACCAGGCCACCACCUCCCCUCAUCCCAUCGUCUAAAACCACAGUGGCAUCAGAAAAACCAUCCUUUAUAAUGGGAGGGUCUAUCUCACAGGGAACUCCUGGCACUUACUUGUCUUCUCAUAAUCAGGCUUAUACUCAAGAAGCAUCUAAGCCCUCGGUGGGGUCUAUCUCUCUGGGAUUGCCACGGCAGCAGGAGUCUACCAAAGCAGCUCCUUUGACCUACAUCAAGCAGGAAGAAUUUUCUCCACGAAGCCAAAACUCACAACCUGAGGGUUUAUUGGUCAGAGCGCAGCAUGAAGGUGUGGUCAGAGGCACUGCAGGGGCUGUCCAAGAAGGAAGUAUAACUCGGGGAACUCCAGCCAGCAAAAUCUCAGUGGAGACCAUUUCAUCAUUGCGGGGCUCUAUUACCCAGGGGACCCCAGCUCUGCCCCAGGCUGGCAUACCAACAGAGGCUUUGGUGAAGGGACCUGUCUCCAGGAUGCCUAUUGAAGAAAGCAGUCCUGAGAAGGUCAGAGAGGAAGCUGCAUCCAAAGGCCAUGUUAUCUAUGAAGGCAAAAGUGGACAUAUCUUAUCAUAUGAUAAUAUUAAGAAUGCCCGAGAAGGGACUCGGAGUCCAAGAACAGCUCAUGAAAUGAGUUUAAAAAGAAGCUAUGAGGCAGUGGAAGGAAGUAUAAAGCAAGGCAUGUCGAUGAGGGAGUCUCCUGUGUCAGCACCUUUAGAGGGUCUGAUAUGCCGAGCAUUACCCAGGGGGAGCCCUCAUUCUGACCUCAAAGAGAGGACUGUGCUGUCUGGUUCCAUAAUGCAGGGCACACCAAGAGCCACAGCUGAAAGCUUUGAAGACGGCCUUAAAUACCCCAAACAGAUAAAAAGGGAGAGCCCUCCCAUCCGAGCAUUUGAAGGUGCCAUCACCAAAGGGAAACCAUACGAUGGCAUCACCACCAUCAAAGAAAUGGGACGCUCCAUCCAUGAAAUUCCACGGCAAGACAUUCUCUCUCAGGAAAGCCGAAAAACUCCAGACGUGGUCCAGGGCACGAGGCCAAUAAUUGAGGGUUCCAUUUCCCAGGGCACACCAAUAAAAUUUGACAACAACUCAGGUCAAUCAGCUAUCAAACACAAUGUGAAGUCCUUAAUCACAGGGCCUAGCAAACUACCCCGUGGAAUGCUGGAAAUUGUACCAGAGAACAUAAAAGUAGUAGAACGGGGAAAAUAUGAGGAUGUGAAAGCAGGCGAGCCAGUGCGAGCCCGGCACACGUCAGUGGUGAGCUCUGGACCCUCCGUUCUCAGGUCUACACUUCACGAAGCUCCCAAAGCACAGCUGAGCCCGGGACUCUACGAUGACAGCAGUGCUCGCAGGACUCCUGUGAGUUAUCAGAACACCAUCUCCAGAGGCUCCCCCAUGAUGAACAGAACUGCUGAUGUUUCUUCCAGCAAGUCUACCAGUCAUGAAAGGAAAUCAACUCUGACCCCAACCCAAAGAGAAAGUAUACCAGCCAAGUCUCCAGUGCCCGGAGUGGAUCCUGUCGUGAGUCACAGCCCAUUUGAGCCUCAUCACAGGAGUAGCGCUGCAGGAGAGGUUUAUCGGAGCCACCUACCCACGCACUUGGAUCCAGCCAUGCCCUUUCACAGGGCUUUGGAUCCUGCAGCUGCUGCUUACCUGUUACAGAGACAGCUUUCGCCAACCCCAGGAUACCCAAGUCAGUACCAGCUCUAUGCAAUGGAGAACACAAGGCAGACAAUCCUCAACGACUACAUCACCUCACAGCAGAUGCAGGUGAAUCUGCGCCCUGAUGUCGCCAGGGGACUGUCCCCACGAGAGCAGCCACUGGGGCUCCCUUAUCCAGCUACAAGAGGAAUCAUUGACCUGACCAAUAUGCCUCCAACAAUUUUAGUGCCUCAUGCAGGGGGAACAAGCACUCCUCCCAUGGACAGAAUCACGUAUAUCCCUGGCACACAGAUUACUUUCCCUCCCAGGCCGUAUAAUGCUGCUUCUCUGUCUCCAGGACACCCAACACACCUUGCAGCAGCUGCAAGUGCUGAGAGGGAACGAGAGCGGGAAAGGGAGAAGGAGCGUGAACGUGAGCGUGAACGCGAGCGCGAAAGGAUCACUGCUGCUCCCGCUGACCUCUACCUGCGACCAGGUUCAGAACAGCCAGGCCGCCCUGGCAGCCACGGAUAUGUUCGCUCCCCUUCCCCUUCAGUAAGAACUCAGGAGAGCGUCCUGCAGCAGAGACCCAGUGUUUUCCAGGGCACCAAUGGAACCAGUGUAAUCACGCCUUUGGACCCCACUGCUCAGCUACGCAUCAUGCCACUGCCUUCGGGGGGCCCUUCCAUAAGUCAAGGCCUGCCAGCCUCCCGCUACAACACUGCUGCGGAUGCCCUGGCUGCUCUUGUGGAUGCUGCAGCUUCUGCACCCCAGAUGGAUGUUUCCAAAACAAAAGAGAGUAAGCAUGAAGCUGCCAGGUUAGAAGAAAAUUUGAGAAGCAGGUCAGCAGCAGUUAGUGAACAGCAGCAGCUAGAGCAGAAAAACCUGGAGGUGGAGAAGAGAUCUGUUCAGUGUGUGUGCACUUCUUCAGCCCUUCCAAGUGGCAAGCCCCAGCCUCAUGCCUCAGUAGUGUAUUCUGAGGCUGGGAAAGAUAAAGGGCCUCCUCCAAAAUCCAGAUAUGAGGAAGAGCUAAGGACCCGAGGGAAGACUACCAUUACUGCAGCUAACUUCAUAGACGUGAUCAUCACCCGGCAAAUUGCCUCGGACAAGGAUGCGAGGGAACGUGGCUCUCAAAGUUCAGACUCUUCUAGUAGCUUGUCUUCUCACAGGUAUGAAACAGCUAGUGAUGCUAUUGAGGUGAUAAGUCCUGCCAGCUCACCUGCACCACCCCAGGAAAAGCCACAGGCCUAUCAGCCAGAGAUGGUUAAGGCAAAUCAAGCAGAAAAUGAGUCCACUCGACAGUAUGAAGGACCACUGCAUCAUUAUCGGUCCCAGCAGGAAUCACCAUCUCCACAGCAACAGCCACCACUGCCCCCAUCUUCCCAGUCAGAGGGAAUGGGACAGGUGCCCAGGACCCAUCGACUGAUCACACUUGCUGACCACAUCUGUCAAAUUAUCACACAAGAUUUUGCUAGAAAUCAAGUUCCCUCGCAGCCUUCUACUUCUACAUUCCAAACUUCACCAUCUGCUUUGUCAUCCACACCUGUAAGAACUAAAACCUCAAGUCGCUACAGCCCAGAAUCACAGUCUCAGACUGUCCUGCAUCCCAGACCAGGUCCUAGAGUCUCUCCAGAAAAUCUUGUGGAUAAAUCCCGGGGAAGCAGGCCUGGAAAAUCUCCAGAGAGGAGUCAUAUCCCAUCAGAGCCCUAUGAGCCCAUCUCCCCACCCCAAGGCCCUGCUGUGCAUGAGAAGCAGGACAGCAUGUUGCUCUUGUCACAGAGGGGAGUGGACCCUGGUGAGCAAAGGAGUGAUUCUCGAUCACCAGGAAGUAUAAGCUACUUGCCUUCAUUCUUCACCAAGCUUGAAAGCACAUCACCCAUGGUUAAAUCAAAGAAACAGGAAAUUUUUCGUAAGUUGAACUCUUCUGGUGGAGGUGACUCUGAUAUGGCAGCUGCUCAGCCAGGAACAGAGAUCUUCAAUCUGCCAGCAGUCACCACAUCAGGUGCAGUGAGCUCAAGAAGCCAUUCUUUUGCUGAUCCUGCCAGUAACCUUGGUCUAGAAGACAUCAUCAGAAAGGCUCUCAUGGGAAGUUUUGAUGAUAAAGUUGAAGAUCAUGGUGUUGUCAUGCCCCAUCCUGUGGGCAUUAUGCCUGGUGGUGCCAGCACCUCAGUGGUGACGAGCAGUGAGACACGGAGAGAUGAAGGGGAGCCGUCACCUCACGCAGGAGUAUGCAAACCAAAGCUGAUCAACAAAUCAAACAGCAGGAAGUCUAAAUCUCCUAUUCCUGGGCAAAGCUAUUUAGGAACUGAAAGGCCUUCUUCUGUCUCCUCUGUACAUUCAGAAGGUGAUUACCACAGGCAGACACCAGGAUGGGCAUGGGAAGACCGGCCCUCUUCAACAGGUUCUACUCAGUUCCCUUACAACCCUCUGACCAUACGGAUGCUCAGCAGUACACCACCUACACCGAUCGCAUGCACCCCAUCUGCCAUCACCCAAGCAGCUCCACAUCAACAGAACCGCAUCUGGGAGAGGGAGCCUGCCCCGCUCCUCUCAGCGCAGUAUGAGACACUGUCUGAUAGUGACGACUGAGCUGUGUGUGGGAGAGCGCUCUGGCUUUGGUUUUUAUUGAAGAUAAAAAAAAAAAAAAGAUUCUGCCCUCCCAUGAUUUGUGCCCAGAGACUUCUCAGGAGAGCCAGGGCCAUGGAUGAGGAAGAAAUGAUGGAAAUUCAUUUGGAAAAUCAAAUGGGAAAAAACAAAAACUCUGCCUCUAAUAUAGGCACUUGAAUGGAUUAUAUCAGUGGCGGUGAAGUGGAGAGGUUUUUUUAAAGUGGACAAUUCUUGUUCUUACAUCUGUUUGUAAAGAAAACCAUGAUGUCUUUAAAUCAAUCUUCUGUAAAUAGAUGACCUUUUUGCAGUGUAUCUCCUUGCUGUAGUAUCUGGUGUACUUAAAUUUAAAUCAGCGGAUCAACUGGGGAGAAUUUUUAAAAUUCUUUGUGUAUCUUUUUAACCCCAGCCUCUAAACCUCACACAGCCCAGUUCCGCAGUGCUGGCUGUCAUGGGCAUUGUACUUUUGUUUCCUCUAAAUUCAGCUUUCCCAGUGAUGUUUAAAUCUUGUGGAAAUAUUUAGGUUUUUAACACAUACCCUGUCAUAAAGCCUGUAUGAGGUCAGAAGACAGGAGCAACACAACUGUCAUAUUGUGAGUUCCAGUGCAGGCUUGGCUUUCAUUGGUAGCACUGAAAAAAAUUACUGCAUGGGUAUGUUAUAGUUCAGUUUUAAAGUUUAAAGGCUUUUUUGAGGCAUACCUCAAUGUUUAUGCACACUGGUAAUUUAACCACACCCCCUAAGUAUUCUUUUGCACUUGAUGCAGCCCAACAAAGCUUCUGUUCUGAAAUAAAUUUUGACUCUAUCCUGUCCAUA